UGUGAGAAAGAGAGAGGGAGCGACUGGUGACGCACAAGAUGACGUGUGUUGUGACGUCUUUCCUUCAAAACAAAAUACUAGUCACGUGUGAUGUCAUUCAACUAAAAAGACGUCAGUAAAGAUGGAGUGGGGUGUUACUGGUCCUUUCAAUGCGCUGCCCACAGAGCUUCUUGUCAUCAUCUUCAGGAAACUGUCCAAUGAAGAUAGGGGUUCCUGCUGUCAAGCAUGUAAAAGGUGGAGAGAGGCAAUCAUCUCUGAGCCCUCCAUGUGGCACAAGUUCGAGGUCACUGUCCAUCCUGGCUGGAACUGGAAAAAGACCCGCUCAUUUUUUGGUCACAAAGGCCCCAGAUUGUACCUCCAUGUCAGACACCUUGUAAUCAACUUGGACAGAAGAGCACAAGCACCACAAACUGUCGAUGCGCCUCAGGCAAAUGCUGUUCUCAGCUCAAUGUCCAAACUGUUGCGAGCCUUGCCUGAUGACAUGACACUGACAAGUUUCUCUUGCUCGGGUUUCAAGUAUUACAGUGCUAGUAAAGACUGGAAAAGUCAUGUCAUCUGUGAAAUAUGUAAAUUUCUCAGAACUCAGAGGAGAUUUUUAGAGAAAAUCGAAAUCACUUUCGAACUUCUAACGGAGGAGAUCAUGAAGACUCUGGUCUAUGCCUGCCCUCUCCUGAGACGAUUUACUAUUCCGAUUGAUUUAAGUCUUCAACUUUAUCCUCCAAACGAGAUCCCCCAGCUGACUCUUAAUGAGGUUUUCGACAAGAACCCUAACUUGCGGUUCGUGUAUUGCCUCACGUUGGGGACAACAUGUAUGGCUACUUAUGAACCUGCCCAACUAUCUGAUUCGAAUACCGUCGAGGGACUUGUUGUCGAGGUGUCCAGAUAUGAUGUGGGGGUGACAGUCCUUGUGCGGCAGUAUGGAGACAUCAUGAUCCUGGCUCUGGGAAGCACCUCUGGCAGUUGA